ACCUACAAGGAUGGCCGUCUGUGGCGUUCUUAUCGAGGUCGCCUCCUCCAGGUCACCAGGAGUGACGAGGAAGUGCGGGAGAUCCUGAUCCGUUACCAUGACAACAACAACCACGCUGGCCAGGGGAAAACGGUUAAGGACAUAAUGUUGAUGCAUUACUGGGUUGGAGUGUCGGAGGCGGUGAAGACGUGGAUCAAAGCCUGUGCUGUUUGCCAGACCCGAAUCUCUGCCGAACAACCACCUCAGCCACCCAUCCGUUACUGCCUGGCCUAUAGCUGCGAUGCUACGAGCUACAAAUACCCUGAACUCACCUUCCACAGGUUUCCAAAGGAGACUGAGCGGCGGCAAAAGUGGCUGGAGGUGGCUCAGAGGGAUGAGUGCUCGCUGCGCACGAACUCCCAUCUUUGCUCCCGACACUUCAAGCCGUACUGCUUCACAGUGACUGAGGAGGGUCAGCUGACUUUAUUACCAGAUGCUGUACCAACCAUCCUCCCUGUUGUAGUGCAAGAGGAUGAGGAUCCUGUCCCUUCAGAUGAGGAUGUCCUGGAAGAUCUCUUUUCUACAUCUGCUGCAGAAGCCACAGACUACUCUGAAACCCCCAUGCAGCUGCAGGAACACCAGUACUCCCUCCCAGCUCCUGAUCCAGACUCCAGGGUGGUCAAUACAGCUGGUGAGGACAAGAAGAGGAAGACCGUCAUCGAGCCGAGCUUCGCAUCUUACAACAAGAUUGCCAAUUACCUGGGCCACAGGAUCCUACCUUUGCAUAGCAAGAAUACGCGAACUGCUUUAAGAAGGAUGGCCAAGCGCUUUGGCCUCAUAGAUGGAGUGCUGAUGUACACACGAGUCUAUCCCCCUCUCAGAGUGCCGCGCAGCAGAGAGGAGGUAAACUUGAUCCUGCAACAGUUCCAUGACAACCAGGGUCACUACGGCCAGGGAACCUGCCAACGAGAAAUCUCUAAGCACUUCUUCUGGGGCACCAUGAGCCGAGACUUGGCCCACUGGAUCUCCAACUGCCACACCUGCCUCAACAGAACCAAGAGGAAGUGGCUUCGCUGUAGCAUCUACAACUGCACCAACUGCUGUGGGCCAGUGGAGAGAGGCCUGGGCCUCACCUUUCAUAAGUUUCCUCUGCACAAUGCAUUCAUGCUCGCUCAGUGGUUGAAGGCUGUUGGCCGGCCUCACUGGCACCCUCGGCUCCGUUCAUCUGUUUGUUCAGUCCAUUUCACAGAGGACUCCUUUGACCGAAGCGGGGAUAAGGUCACCCUCCAUCCUGAUGCCAUACCCAAGCUCAUGAUCCCUAACGGCUCUCUGACUCAGUCCAGAGGUCCUACCCAGGCUGCUGUGGUGAAGGAGGCUUAUUUUGCCAAGUAUGAUGCCGUGGAGCUUUACCUCAGCAGACGCACUUAUCCCCCUGGACUGAGCUACGUAGAGAAAAACACAUUCAGGACAUUCUGCAAGAAGUUUGCCAUAAAAGAUGGCAAGCUGCACAUGGUCCGGGGAGAUCGGGAACGUUUGGUUCUAAGGAGCAGACAGCAGGUUGAAGUCGCCCUCACUGACUUUCACGAUGAGCUGAACCACCUCAACGUCAACAAGUGUCUGCGACUGCUCAGUGAGAGGUACUUCUGGAAAACCAUGAGAGCUGAUGUGGUUCAGUGGAUCAACAGGUGCUCGCACUGCAACAGGAAGAAGAGGCAAAUACCAGAAAAGCAAACAGAAGCAGGAGAAUCAGAGUCGCAGCUGCAGAUGCUCAGAUCACCACAGAUGCAGGAUGAUUUAGACAGCGGGGAGGAUGACAAUGGCUAUAGUGAGGGUGGUGUUGGUGAUGAUGAUGAUGAAGAGAAGCAGCCGGCAACAAGCUCAGAGGGCAGAGUGUCUCAGGAGAACCAGUCUGUACCUCCCAUCAACUCGCAGCACAGGAUUCCCAUCCUCAUUCAUCUAAAACCUCUCACCAUUCUUCAGCCCAGGACUCCUAAGACCCCCUUGGUUGCCAAGCUCUUGAGUGUCCCGAGACAGAACCCUGCACAGUCUGAAGUCCAGAAACAGACAGACAGCUUGGUCAUUCAGCCUGAGAGUCAACACAGAGUCCCGAUUCAGGUAAAACCUCCGCUGGAGCAGCAGACGCAGCCUCAAGGCCAGAAAGUAACAAGUGGCUCUCAGGACAGCACCACAGUCCAGGGUGUAACCACACCUCUGGCAGAGCUUCCACAAGCCACAAGGAAACAAAUUCAACAUCCAAGUCCAAACAGUGGAUUAAAGACCCACUCCAAAUCCCAGAUAUCAACACAACACCAGAGUCCUCACAGAGCCCAGUACCUGGUGAAGAGAAAGAGAGCCCUGGAGGUAGGCUCUUCAGAUAAGGGAAGAUACAGCUACGACCAUGAGCCUAUUGUGGCCCCGAGCACCAAACCUUGGCCUGUAUUCACCAUCACCGGCUCCAAACCUGUAGAGACAGCACAACCCUCUUCUAGGGUGGACAGCCCGGCUCCUGUCCAGAGUCCCAGGAGGCUUCAGGCCCGGACCGUCAUCCAGCAGUGCACUAAUGCAAAGGUUAAGAUCAAACCAGCCCUCGAUGGGGUUGAUGCUCAGUGGGCCGAGAUCCAGGACGGCAUGGUGGUGUAUGUGUGCUUCUUCCAUGGAGCUACUGAGGACAUGACUUAUGAGAUGGCCAACAGACUGAUGACCACCAAACUUUUCCGAAAAGAGUCCAGGCACACGGUGUCACUUCUCGACCUUCCCGGGAGCCUUUUAUUUAUCCCCCAGGAGUCCCUGGUCGGGGAGCCGGUGCCUAAGAGAAGGAUGCAGUAUAAAGGUGGGUGUGAGCUGUGGUGGGGUGCCCAGCUCUUCUCCACCCUGGUGUCCACCUGCAGGGACCUCAUGUCAGACUCAGAGAAAUGCACAAAGGCGGGUGUGAAAGUGGAGCAGGGAGUCUACGGACAGAAACAAGAGAUAGUCCUGAACUCUCUGGAGCCGCUGACAGUUUUGCUCGAGUUCUGAGGUGCACCUGCUCAUCAAGGCGGUCCGGGUGGCACCACUGAGUGUGAAGAGAGGGAAUAAUCCAGGUCUGUUGUACUCAAGUCCACUCCUGCACUGUUUGCACAGACUUAACCCCAAACAAACAGAUGUGUAAGACAAAGACAAAAAGCAGGGUAAAAAAAAAACUAACCAUUUUAAACCUCAAAAUUAUGCAGAUAUCUACUGUGUGGUCACCAGGUGUCACCCACUUUUUAUUGGACAACUGUUGCAUUGCAGUAUAUACCCACAACAGGAGAAUCAGUCGAAGCUGCAGAUGCUAAGAUCACCACAGCCCACAACUGGUCCCAAAAACCUCACUUAAUGGGCAAAAGCCAGAGAGUUUGUUUUAAUGAUCCAAGCAUAUGAGAUGUGAAAGUGCUCUUCAUGGCCUUGGUUCAGUCAUUAUAUAAGGAAUUCAACCCGUGGACUUCCGGGUUGCAAGCGAGAGCAGACGUCUUUACUGCU